GCCAGGCUGGGCUGCCCCGUCGCUCUAGGGGCCUUCUCCCCCACAGCACGCCUGGCCGGGGCCUCUGGCAGGCCAUGCGAGAAGAGGAAGAAGCGAUUGGCUAUCUGGACCGAGUCCUGGAAGAUGAGGACGAGGAGGAGCCCCGUACCCCCACCACCCCUGGCCUGGGGUCCGGCUUCCUGGCCACAGGAAAGGGUGAACGCGAUUCUAGUAAAAGCCUGGAGAUGCGCAAGUUGGUGCUUUCGGAUUUCUUGGCCAGUGAGGAGAUCUAUAUAAACCAGCUGGAGGCACUGUUACUUCCCAUGAAGCCCCUGAAGGCAACAGCGACCACCUCCCAACCAGUCCUCACCACCCAGCAGAUCGAGACCAUCUUCUAUAAGAUCCAGGAUCUCUACGAAAUCCACAAGGAGUUCUACGACAGCCUUUAUCCCAAGGUCCAGAACUGGGACAGCAGCGUUAUCCUGGGUCACCUCUUCCAGAAGCUGGUCAGUCAGUUGGGGGUUUACAAGGCAUUUGUGGACAACUACAAAAUCGCCCUCGAGACAGCAGAGAAAUGCAGCCAAAGUAACAAUCAGUUCCAGAAGAUCUCAGAGGAGUUGAAGGUGAAGGGCCCCAGAGAUUCCAAAGAGAGCCACACCUCCGUCACCAUGGAAGCACUGCUGUAUAAGCCUAUAGACCGUGUGACUCGGAGCACCCUUGUAUUGCACGACCUGCUCAAGCACACUCCGUCUGACCACCCGGACUACCCGUUGCUGCAGGAUGCCCUCCGGAUCUCCCAAAACUUCCUCUCCAGCAUCAAUGAGGACAUCGACCCCCGCAGGACAGCAGUCACCACACCCAAAGGGGAGACCCGGCAGCUGGUCAAAGAUGGCUUCUUGGUGGAGAUGGCCGAAGGCACCCGCAAACUACGCCACGUCUUCCUCUUCACGGAUGUGCUUCUCUGUGCCAAACUGAAGAAAACGGCAGUGGGGAAACACCAGCAGUACGACUUCAAGUGGUACAUGCCCCUGGCGGAGUUGGUGUUCCCCUCUCUGGAAGAGCUGGACCCCUGCCCGCACGUCCACGCCAUGCCUGACCACGACUUGGAGGACAUGAAGAUGAAGAUCUCCACUAUGAAGAGCGAGGUGCAGAAGGAGAAGGCCAGCAAGGGGCAAAGCCGAGCCAUGGAGCGCCUGAAGAAGAAGAUGUUCGACAAUGAAUUCUGGCUUCUGCUCAACUCUCCUUCCAUCCCCUUCCGCAUCCAUCACCGCAAUGGGAAAAGUUACUUGUUUCUGCUUUCCUCCGACUAUGAGCGGGCAGAAUGGAGGGAGGCCAUCCAGAAGCUACAAAAGAAAGACCUCCAGACCUUCGUGCUCAGCUCUGUGGAGCUGCAAGUGCUUACGGGCUCCUGCUUCAAAUUACGCACUGUGCACAAUCUUCCAGUCACAAGCAAUAAGGACGAUGACGAACCUCCAGGGAUGUACGGCUUCCUGCACGUCAUCGUCCACUCUGCCAAGGGCUUCAAACAAUCUGCUAACCUCUACUGCACGCUGGAAGUGGACUCCUUUGGGUACUUUGUCAGCAAAGCCAAGACCCGGGUCUUCCGUGACACGACCGAGCCCCAAUGGAACGAGGAGUUUGAGAUCGAGCUGGAGGGGUCCCAGUCACUGCGGAUUCUGUGCUAUGAGAAAUGUUACGACAAGACCAAGUUGAACAAGGAUGACAACGAAAUUGUGGACAGGAUUGUGGGCAAGGGGCAAAUCCAGCUGGAUCCCCAGACGGUGCAGACCAAGAACUGGCACAUGGAUGUGAUUGAGAUGAAUGGGAUCAAAGUGGAAUUCUCCAUGAAGUUCACAAGCCGGGACAUGAGCCUCAAGAGGACCCCGUCGAAGAAGCAAACGGGCGUCUUUGGAGUGAAAAUCAGCGUUGUCACUAAGCGGGAGCGCUCCAAAGUGCCAUACAUCGUGCGCCAGUGCGUGGAGGAAGUGGAAAAGAGGGGCAUUGACGAAGUGGGCAUCUAUCGCAUCUCAGGGGUGGCCACCGACAUUCAGGCCUUGAAAGCCGCCUUUGACUCAAACAACAAAGACAUCCUGGUGAUGCUCAGCGACAUGGACAUCAACGCCAUCGCAGGCACCCUGAAGCUAUACUUCCGCGAACUCCCGGAGCCCCUCCUGACGGACCGGCUUUAUCCCGCUUUUAUGGAGGGCAUUGCGCUCUCUGACCCCUCAGCCAAGGAGAACUGCAUGCUGCAUCUUCUUCGCUCCCUGCCUGACCCCAACCUCAUCACUUUCCUCUUCCUGCUGGAACACUUGAAACGGGUGGCUGAGAAAGAGCCCGUCAACAAAAUGUCGCUGCACAAUCUGGCCACAGUGUUCGGCCCAACAUUGUUGAGACCUUCCGAAGUGGAGAGCAAGGGGAACCUCAGUUUGGCCUCAGACAUCUGGUCCCAUGACGUCAUGGCGCAGGUCCAAGUGCUCCUGUACUACUUGCAACACCCGCCCAUCACCUUUGCCGAGCUCAAACGCAACACUCUCUACUUCUCCACGGAUGUGUAGCCCCUGGUUGUGGGGUCGAAUGG